GUUAUACUCGGUUAAUUCACGCAGAAGUAAUUCAAAUAAGCUCAAAUUGCUGCAUAAAAUCUCAGUUUAUGCCAGAUGCUUCAACUGUACUUACUCGGCUAUAAAUUCACUCACUCUAGAUGCUUUCAGUUUGGAAGCUUAGGUGUCUUUAUGGUUAAAAAUUAUUACAGAUAAAUCGACACGAAAACAAAACUUGACGUCAUUUGAUGGCUGGAUUAGUUUAUACUUAAUUUUAAAGGAGUUGACGUUCAUUACGGAUGGGAUUUCACUGCCCAAAAAGCUUCAUGGAGCAGACUUGGAGUGCAAAAUUUGAUCAAACUUCCCUAUCAUCUCACUCACGGCUUCACUCCUAUUCUCAACUCAAUGUGAGGAAGAGAAGGCUAAUUCUACCCAGUUCACCGUACAAUUACAGGCUAACUGGUUCAUCCUUAUGCUGCAGAAAUCCAGUUAAUAACAACAAGUUAACCCAGGCAUUCACAGGGAAGGGCAAAAGCUUUAAGUGGGUACCAGAAGCAUUAGGGGAAAAUGUAUGUGAUGCAUUUGAGAAUGAAGCUGAGGUUGAAAGGGAGCAGAACAUUGCUGAUGGCAUCCUUAAUAUUGUGCAUGCUACUUCUAGAGAAGCAGCAGGGACUAUCUCAGAUAAAGGAAAUGAAAAUGUGGAGCGAGCAGAGGGGAAUAGCUUACAGCCACUGAAAUGGCCUUUAUGGUUGCUUGGGCCCUCUAUGCUCCUUGCAACAGCGGCCAUUCCUAUCCUAUGGCUACCUUUCUCUAUAAUAUCUCCAGCAUCCAACAUGGCCAGUCUUUUGUCUUUGACAGGAUUAGAUGGUACCUUCAAUUUGGGAGCAACAAUUUUUCUUCUUGUAGCAGAUUACUGUGCCCGUUCUAAGAAGGGCCAGGUCUCUUAUUUCAAAAUUCCUUUCAGCUACAUGUUUUGGAAUUUUCUUUUGAAUGUGGUGGGUUUUGUUGUGCCCUCUUUGGCAAUAGCUGCAUCGUACAGAUCUAUAGUUGAACCACAAAUUUGCUUGAUUUCGUUUGCUACAAUGUUGGGACCUUAUCUGAUGUUGCUAAUGGUGCAAAUGCUAGCAGAGAUCUUGACAUGGAAUUGGAAAUCACCAGUUUGCUUAAUUGUCCCUGUUGUGUAUGAAGCAUACCGUCUUCUGCAGUUAAGUAGAAGCCUAGAGUUGGGAAUAGAUCUAAAUGCACCAUCCUGGUUAAUGCAAGGAAUGAAAGGUUUAGUAGCAUGGUGGGUGCUAGUGCUUGGGAUGCAGCUCAUGAAAAUUGCAUGGUUUGUUGGUCAAGGAAAGACCACGAAAGAAGCCUGAUAAUUUAUAUCCAUGGAGUGAACAAUCCUAUGGGCAAGAACCGGAAUUCUUUGUUGAAACAAAGAGAUGGUAAGAAACAUGGCAUUAUAAUAAUCCAGGAAAUUGAGAUUUUUGUUAUACAAUCUUUGCCUGAACUAUUUGGGCCUAUCAGAACAGUUUGCCUUGAAGCUGUAAACAAAUUGUCCUACAAAACAUACUCUUGAAUUUUGUAAAUUGGUGAUGUUCUCGUCGAGUUCGGAGAGGAGAGUGAAGUCGUUGGCCAUCUUGGAACUCGGCUUUGUAAUUUGUUAUUUAUUUUAUUUUAUUCUGUAUUAUUAUCCCAAUGAAAUUGCCGUUUUAAGUAAAUAUUUUUUAUGGCUCAUAUUUUACGAGUUUGUUCCAAGAGUUGUAAUCAAAACGGCAACAUACAUCACAUUGUAAGUAAGCAAGAGGUACAUAAAGUUAUGGAGUUAUAAGGGGAGACUGGGGUUCACUCCAAGAGCUUAGUCCUUAUAGCAAUAUAUAUCAUAUUGUAAUUUAGAUAUAUACAUAGAUAAAAAUAAAAUGAUCUGGUAUGUUUC